ACUCUAAAGCCAUCGUGGACGGGAACCUGAAGCUGAUCCUGGGUCUGAUCUGGACCCUCAUCCUGCAUUACUCCAUCUCCAUGCCGAUGUGGGAGGACGAGGACGACGAAGACGCCAAGAAGCUGACCCCCAAACAGCGUCUGCUGGGCUGGAUCCAGAACAAAGUGCCCCAGCUCACCAUCAACAACUUCCACCGCGACUGGAGGGACGGGAAGGCGCUGGGAGCUCUGGUGGACAACUGUGCUCCAGGUCUGUGUCCAGACUGGGAAACUUGGGAUCCCAGUCAGCCGGUGGAGAACGCCAGAGAGGCCAUGCAGCAGGCCGACGACUGGCUCGGAGUGCCUCAGGUUAUCGCUCCAGAGGAGAUCGUGGAUCCUAAUGUGGACGAGCACUCUGUCAUGACUUACCUGUCUCAGUUCCCCAAAUCUAAACUGAAGCCCGGCGCCCCACUGAGGGCGAAGACGCUGCACCCUAAGAGGGCUAAAGCCUUUGGACCAGGUAUCGAGCCUCGAGGUAACGUGGUUCUGAAGCCAGCAGAGUUUCUGGUGGAGACGGUGGAGGCCGGGCUGGGUGAAGUCCUGGUUUAUGUGGAGGAUCCAGAGGGACACACGGAGGAGGCCCGAGUGAUCCCCAACAACGACAAGAACAGAACCUACUCUGUGGUCUACCUGCCCAAAGUGGAGGGGCUUCACAAGGUGAAGGUGCUGUUUGCCGGGCUGGACAUUGACAGAAGUCCCUUCAUGGUGAACAUUUCAAAGGCCAUGGGCGACCCAACCAGAGUUCAGGCCCGCGGGCCGGGGCUGCAGCAGACGGGCAACGUGGCCAACAAACCGACAUACUUUGAUAUUUACACUGCAGGGGCGGGGGCUGGAGAUGUGGGCGUCAUCAUUGUCGAUUCAAAUGGACGGAGAGACACUGUGGAGAUUGUCUUGGAAAACAAAGGGGACAGUAUUUUCCGCUGCACCUAUGUUCCAGUCCUGGAGGGAGCGCACACUGUCUGUGUGACCUUUGCCGGCCAGCAGAUUCCCAGAAGCCCUUUCACUGUUCACAUCUCGGAGGUUUCACAGAGCAUCCAACCUCCGGGGUCUCCUGUGCCCAUUUUACCACAAUCCAUGCACACCCCUCCCUCAGACAAGACAAGGAGGGCCCCCCCACCAACACCACCCAAACCCAGACGACCAACGAGUAAUCCAAACGCCUGCAGAGCGUCGGGCAGAGGUCUGCAGCCGAAGGGUCUGAGGGUGAAAGAAGUGGCAGAUUUUAAAGUUUUCACUAAAGGAGCCGGCAGUGGAGAGCUCAAAGUCACUGUGAAGGGACCAAAGGGCAUGGAGGAGCCGGUGAAGGUCCUGGAGAUGGAAAACGGCAUAUUUGAGUGUAAUUAUUACCCCGUAAUGACAGGGAAAUAUAUUGUUACCAUCACCUGGGGAGGACAUAGCAUCCCACGCAGUCCCUUUGAGAUCCAGGUGAGUGAGGAGGCGGGGCCUCAGAAGGUCAGGGCCUGGGGUCCAGGUCUGGAGACAGGGAUGGUGGGGAAGAGUGCUGACUUUGUGGUGGAGGCGAUCGGCACGGAGGUGGGAACACUAGGUUUCUCCAUUGAGGGUCCCUCUCAGGCGAAGAUCGAGUGCGAUGAUAAGGGUGACGGGUCGUGUGAUGUGCGGUACUGGCCGACUGAGCCGGGCGACUACGCCGUGCACGUCAUCUGUGACGACGAGGACAUCAAGGACAGUCCCUUCAUGGCCCACGUCCUCCCUGCUGCCAACGAUGUCUUCCCAGAAAAUGUGAAGUGUUACGGUCCGGGUCUGGAGCCACUCGGCUGCAUCGUCAACAAACCGGCUGAUUUCUCCAUCGACACCCGCGGAGCCGGCAGGGGGGAGCUGAAGCUCUAUGCUCAGGACGCUGAGGGUUUCCCCAUCGACAUUCAGAUCACUGAUAAUGGAGACAGCACCUUCUUCUGUGUUUACAUUCCCACUAAACCCAUCAAACACACCAUCAUCAUCACAUGGGGGGAAGUCAACGUUCCCAACAGCCCCUUCAGGGUGACAAUCGGAGAAGGCAGCCAUCCGGAGAACGUGAAGGUUUACGGCCCAGGUGUGGAGAAGGCGGGACUGAAGGCCAACGAGCCGACGUACUUCACUGUGGACUGCAGCGAGGCCGGGCAGGGUGACGUCAGCAUCGGGAUCAAGUGUGCUCCAGGUGUGGUCGGUCCAGCAGAGGCAGACAUCGACUUCGACAUCAUCAAGAACGACAACGACACAUUCACGGUGAAGUACACGCCCCCAGGUUCCGGUCAGUACACCAUCAUGGUGCUGUUCGCUGAUCAGGAAAUCCCCGUCAGCCCCUUCAGAAUAAAGGUGGAUCCUUCCCAUGAUGCAGCUAAAGUCAGAGCAGAAGGACCUGGACUCAACAAGACAGGUGUUGAGGUGGGUAAACCGACUCAUUUCACCAUCUACACAAAGGGGGCAGGAAAAGCCAAACCUGAGGUCCAUUACACCGCAGCGGCUAAAGGUGAAGCCGUCCGAGACUUCGAGAUCAUCGACAACCACGACUACUCGUACACGGUCCGCUACACGGCCGUCCAGCAGGGGAACAUGUCCAUCACUGUGUGCCAUGGAGGAGACCCCAUCCCCAGGAGUCCUUUUAACAUAUCUGUGGCCCCCCCACUGGACCUCAACAAGAUCAAGGUGCAGGGUCUGAACAACAAGGUGGAUGUCGGGAAGGACGAAGAGUUCACCGUCUGCACUCAGGGCGCUGGAGGUCAGGGCAAACUGGACGUGAAGAUCCUCUCGCCGUCACGUCGACCAAUCCCCUGCAAGCUGGAGUCGAGCACAGCCAACGAGCUGCACACAGUGAAGUACAUUCCCCCCGAGGAAGGCACUUACAGAGUGGACAUCGGCUACGACGGAAACCCCGUACCAGGAAGUCCGUUCAGCGUGGAGGGCAUGAUGCCCCCCGACCCUUCAAAGGUGAGGGCAUAUGGUCCUGGUCUUCAGGGUGGGGUUGUGGGUAAACCCGCCCCCUUUGCCAUAGACACCAAGGGAGCAGGCACAGGUGGUCUGGGUCUGACGGUGGAGGGUCCCUGCGAGGCUAAGAUCGAGUGUCAGGACAACGGGGACGGCUCCUGCUCCGUGUCCUACCUGCCCACCGAGCCCGGGGAGUACGCCAUCAACAUCCUGUUCGCAGAGCAGCACAUCCCCGGCUCGCCCUUCAAGGCUGCGGUCCAGUCCGCGUUCGACCCCAGCAAGGUGACGGCGAGCGGCCCGGGCCUGGAGCGAGGGAAGGUCGACGAGGACGGCCUGUUCACGGUGGACUGCUCCAAAGCGGGAGAGGCCGAGCUCACCAUCGAGAUCACCUCCGACUCCGGGGCUAAAGCCGAAGUCCACGUGCAGAACAACAGCGACGGGACCUACUCCAUCACCUACAUCCCCCGAGCACACGGCAUGUACACCAUCACCAUCAAAUACGGAGGAAACCCAGUGCCCAAUUUCCCCGCCAGACUGCAGGUGGACCCCGCCAUCGACACCAGCGGAGUCAAAGUGAAGGGACCGGGAGUGGAGCCCAGAGGGGUCCUGAGAGAAGUGACCACCCAUUUCAUCGUGGACGCCCGAGCCCACUACAAGAGCGGCGGCAGUCACAUCAAAACCAGCAUCUCCAACCCGUCAGGCUCCAACACGGACGCCUACAUCACCGACAAAGGAGACGGGACCUACAGAGUGGAGUACACGCCAUACGAGGACGGUUUGCAUCUGAUUGAAGUGCUGUUUGACGACGUCUCAGUGCCCAAGAGUCCAUUCAGGGUGUCAGUGACUGAGGGCUGUGAUCCAAGUCGAGUCCGAGCCUACGGUCCGGGUCUGGAGGAGGGACUGGUCAACAAACCAAACCGCUUCACGGUCGAGACCAGAGGUGCUGGCACUGGAGGUCUCGGCCUGGCCAUCGAGGGUCCGUCUGAGGCCAAGAUGUCAUGUAAGGACAACAAAGACGGCAGCUGCAGUGUGGAGUACAUACCCUUCACUCCCGGAGAGUACGACGUCAACAUCACCUUUGGAGGACUUCCUAUUCCAGGAAGUCCGUUCCGGGUCCCAGUGAGAGAGUUGGUGGAUCCCAGUAAAGUGAAGUGUUCAGGUCCUGGUCUGGGGAGUGGAGUCCGAGCCCACGUCCCUCAGACCUUCACUGUGGACAGCAGUAAAGCAGGAGUGGCCCCUCUGGAGGUCCAGCUGUACGGGCCCACCGGUGUGUCUGAGCCAAUCAGCAUCACCGACAAUGGAGAUGGUACUCACACAGUCAACUACACGCCCUCCAAUGACGGCCCGUACACUGUGUGUGUGAAGUACGCCGAACAGGAAGUCCCUCGCAGUCCUUUUAAGAUCAAGACGCUGCCGGCUCACGAUGCCAGUAAAGUCCGAGCGAGCGGUCCUGGUCUGAAUGCAUCUGGAGUCUCGGCCAGUCUGCCCGUGGAGUUCACCAUUGAUGCCAGAGACGCCGGGGAGGGGCUGCUGACCGUGCAGAUUCUGGAUCCCGAGGGAAAGCCCAAGAAGGCGAACAUCCGCGACAACCGAGACGGGACGUACACAGUGUCCUACGUACCCGACAUGACGGGCCGUUACACCAUCACCAUCAAAUACGGAGGAGACGAGAUCCCGUACUCGCCUUACCGCAUUCACGCCCUGCCCACCGGAGACGCCAGCAAGUGUCUGGUCACAGUGUCGAUCGGAGGACACGGACCGGGAUCAGGCAUCGGGCCGACCAUCCAGAUCGGGGAGGAGACGGUCAUCACCGUGGAUGCAAAGGCUGCUGGGAAAGGUAAAGUCACCUGCAAGGUGUCGACUCCUGACGGGGCGGAGCUGGACGUGGAUGUGGUGGAGAACGCCGACGGGACGUUUGACAUCUACUACACGGCGCCGGAGCCCGGCAAAUACGUCAUCACCAUCCGGUUUGGAGGAGAGAACAUCCCCGACAGCCCGUUCCACGUGGUGGCGUGUGAUACCGUCCCAAUAAUAGAGGAACCAUGUGACAAGCUUCAGUUACAGACGGCGUCUUACUCUCCCUAUGCGGGCUUCUCCCCUCCAUGGGCCACAGAUGAUCCCAUCAGCCCCGUGGAUGGGAUGGAGCCCAUGCUCCGCCCCUUCAGCCUGGUCAUUCCCUUCACCGUGCAGAAAGGAGAGAUCACAGGUGAGGUGCGGAUGCCGUCUGGUCGAACCGCCAUCCCUAACAUCACGGACAACAAAGACGGCACGGUCACUGUGAAAUACUCGCCAACAGAACGAGGCCUGCAUGAGAUGGACAUCAAAUAUGACGGAGACCACAUCCCAGGAAGUCCCCUCCAGUUCUAUGUUGAUGCCAUUAACAGCGGUCAUGUGACUGCUUAUGGCGCUGGUCUGAGUCAUGGGACGAUAAACCGACCGGCAACUUUCACUAUCGUUACUAAAGACGCCGGAGAAGGUGGUCUGUCUCUGGCUGUUGAAGGUCCCUCUAAAGCAGAGAUCAGCUGUAAGGACAACAAAGACGGGACGUGCACUGUGUCCUACCUGCCCACGGCGCCUGGAGACUACAACAUCAUCGUCAAGUUUGAUGACAAACACAUCCCGGGCAGCCCGUUCACGGCCAAGAUCACAGGUGAUGAAGCCAUGAGGACGUCUCAGCUUAACGUUGGCACGUCAACAGACGUCUCUCUGAAAAUCAUGGAGACCGACCUGAGCAGUCUGACGGCGAGCAUCAGAGCGCCGUCUGGAAACGAGGAGCCGUGUCUGCUGAAGAGGCUGCCCAACAGACACAUCGGUAUCUCAUUCACACCAAAGGAAGUGGGCGAACACGUGGUGAGUGUGAAGAAGAGCGGGAAACAUGUGACCAACAGCCCCUUUAAGAUCAUGGUGGGUCAGUCAGAGAUCGGAGACGCCAGUAAGGUGAAGGUGUACGGUCAGGGGCUGGUGGAGGGACACACCUUUGAGGUGGCUGAGUUCAUUGUCGACACCAGGAACGCAGGUUAUGGCGGGCUCGGUCUGUCCAUCGAGGGUCCCAGUAAAGUGGACAUUAACUGUGAGGACGUGGAUGACGGGACGUGUAAAGUCACCUACUGUCCAACUGAACCUGGAAACUACAUCAUCAACAUCAAGUUCGCUGACCAGCACGUCCCAGGAAGUCCAUUCACAGUGAAGGUGUUUGGGGAGGGCCGGAUGAAGGAGAGCAUCACCAGGAAGCGUCAGGCUCCCUCCAUCGCCACUGUGGGCAGCACCUGUGAUCUCAACCUCAAAAUACCAGGGAACUGGUUCCACAUGGUGUCGGCUCAGGAGCGUUUGACUCGCACGUUCACUCGCAGCAGUCACACCUACACUCGCACCGAGCGCACCGAGAUCAGUAAGACACAGGCGGGGGAGACCAAGAGGGAGGUGAGGGUGGAGGAGAGCACGCAGGUGGGAGGAGAACCCUUCAGAGACGUGUUUGGAGACUUCCUGGGACGAGAGAAUCUGAGUGGCUUCAACGGCAUGCCGGCCGGCAGCCGGCCGCCGCUGCAGGAUGGUGAGGCAGGUAACCAGGAGAUGACAGCUCAGGUGACGAGUCCUGAUGGAAGGACGGAGGAUGCAGAGAUCAUUAAAGGAGAGGACAGCACGUACAGCGUGCGCUUCAUCCCUCAGGAGAUGGGUGCUCACACUGUCAAUGUGAAAUAUCGGGGCCAACACGUCCCUGGGAGCCCCUUCCAGUUCACCGUGGGGCCCCUGGGUGAGGGAGGUUCCCACAAGGUGCGAGCAGGAGGAACCGGUCUGGACCGAGGAGUGGCAGGGAUCCCAGCGGAGUUCAGUAUCUGGACCAGAGAAGCCGGAGCUGGAGGUCUGUCCAUCGCUGUGGAGGGGCCGAGUAAGGCUGAGAUCACCUUUGAGGACAGGAAGGAUGGAUCCUGUGGAGUGGCCUAUGUGGUUCAGGAGCCAGGUGACUACGAGGUUUCCAUUAAGUUCAAUGAUGAACACAUCCCAGACUCCCCGUUCAUCGUCCCCAUCGCCACCCUGUCUGACGACUCUCGCCGCCUCACCAUCACCAGCCUGCAGGAGAUGGGUCUGAAAGUCGGGCAGGAGGCCUCCUUUGCCGUCCAGCUGAACGGAGCCAGAGGUGUGAUCGAUGCGAAGAUCCACACUCCAUCAGGAGCGAUAGAGGAGUGCUACAUCACCGAGCUGGACAGUGACCAGCACGCCAUCAGGUUCAUCCCGAGGGAAAACGGAGUACAUUCAAUCGACGUUCGUUUCAACGGCAGCCAUGUUCCUGGAAGCCCCUUCAAAAUAAGAGUUGGAGAACCGGGACAGGUUGGCGAUCCUGGCAUGGUGUCUGCCUUUGGACCAGGACUGGAAGGAGGAACCACUGGUGUGGCUUCAGAGUUUGUUGUGAACACGUGUAACGCCGGCUCAGGAGCUCUUUCGGUGACCAUCGAUGGACCCUCCAAGGUGAAGAUGGACUGUCAGGAGUGUCCUGAGGGCUACAAGGUCUCAUACACACCUAUGGCUCCUGGAAGCUACCUGAUCUCCAUCAAGUACGGAGGACCCCAGCAUAUCGUGGGCAGCCCCUUCAAGGCCAAAGUGACAGGUCCUCGUCUGGCCGGAGGUCACAGUCUGCACGAGACGUCAUCUGUCCUCGUGGAAACCGUCACUAAGUCGUCGGCGAUGGGAGGGGCCUUCGCCUCGCUACCCAAAUUCUCCUCAGACGCCAGUAAAGUUGUCUCCAGAGGCGCCGGGCUGUCCAAGGCGUUUGUGGGUCAGAAGAACACGUUCACAGUUGACUGCAGCAAAGCAGGCACCAACAUGUUGAUGGUCGGUGUCCACGGGCCGAAGACGCCCUGUGAAGAGGUGUACGUCAAACACAUGGGCAGCAGGAUGUACAACGUCACGUACACCGUGAAGGAACAAGGCAGCUACAUCCUCAUCGUCAAAUGGGGAGACGAGAACGUCCCCGGCAGUCCUUUCCACGUCACCGUCCCUUAAACCCUGAACUCUUCAUCUCCUCUGCUGCAGCUCCUCACACCCCUCAUGCACUGAAGACUCAGAGACUGUUCACUUCCUGUUUCAGACGCUGUGUUCUGAUUCUGUUCUCAUUUCAUGCUCUCAGAGACACAAAGCACUGCAUCUACAGCUGUAAUACUUUUUAUGUUUUUACCAUUCAUGAAAACGACACCAAAGCUUCAGAACUCACACUGACACAGAGAUUGUUUCUCCGGAGGUUUACCUCCUUUUAGUUUGCAGAUUCACACGUUUGAACACAACCUGUUGAAUAUGAAUGUGACCUGUGCAGACUGAUUCUACUCUCUGUUAUUGGAUGAAUCUGUCUGACCGCCAUCACACAAUCCUUUACAACACUUUGAGCUGUACUUCACACAGACGGUCAAUUGUAAACCGUCCUGACAGACGAGAAGGACAAACAGUGUCCUCAAGUUUAACAUCAGGGAAUAACAAGAUACAACAAGAUACAACAAGAUACAACAAGAUAGAGCAUGAUACUGACUUGGGGACAAACAGCUUAUCUCAGCUAGAGUUUGUUGGCUUACCAUCGUGAAGCUGAAACCAUGUAUUCACAAGUAAGUAUCUUGAUCACACAAACUGGUAUCUUGUGUGCACAAGUAAUAAUAAUAAUCUUUAUUUAUAGAGCACUUGUCAAAAACAAGUUACAAAAUGCUUUACAAGGACGGCAAAUAUAAAAUAAUAGAAUAAUAAACAAGGCAAGAUUAAGAAAUAAAAUCCCUUUUUAAAAGAACUGUAAAAUACAUACAAUUAUUUUAAAGGAAUUCUAAAAAGUGAAAAUAGUAGCAAUUUAAAAUCAACAAAAAUCAGGAAAGGCGCGCCGGAAAAAGUGUGUUCUAAGAAGGGACUUAAAAGAGAUGACAAGUAUGUUUGAACGAGUCAGUACUGGUUCUCAGAGUUUGAAUCUUGUUGGCACAUGAAACCAUCAUUCAUCAUUUUGUAUCUUGGACAACAAAUUAGUAUCUUGUUUUUGCAGCGAUGGUUGAACAGGUCGGUAUCUUGUCUUGCACAAGUUACUCUCUGACAUGUGAAGGAUAACUCACCCACAGGUUUGUACACACAAAUUAGUAUCUUGCUGGCUCAAGUUAGAAUCUUGCGUGCACAUUUUGGGAUUCUGGUUUCCGUAAGUCAGUGUCUUUGUCUGCAAAUGUGAGUAUCUGGAUCUCACAUAAAGACUUAGCUGUUAAAAGGAACAAGUCAGUAUCUUGUUUGCUGAGUCAGCAUGUUUUUUUUUUGCUGGUUGGUAUCUUGAUUGAGCAUCUUUUUGUAUUUUGUUCAUAUAAGAUGAGACGUUAAUCUCAAGUGGUGCGUCCCAUUUACCUCGGCGCUUGGAAUGAUGUCACACCCGAGAUAACGGCGUUCCAGUUGCGAGUUGGCAACAAGUUGAACAUGCAACAAUUUUGUUUUUGCUUAAAACCAGGCGUUUCUGACGACAUAUCAGACCGGGAACUCGGAAUUUCCGACUUUUGAGAUCAAUUGGAACGCACCAUUAAAUCAUCAAGAUCAAAUGAAUCAUCUUGAGCUCCACAUAUGAUCCAGGUCCAGGUCCAGGUCCAGGUCCAGGUCCAGAUAUCAUACCUCAGUUAAUGUAGUGUCAGUUCAGAUAAAGACAAUCAUUUUCACAAAAUCAAAUCAAAUUUGUACAAAACCACUUUUUUUUCUUCUCUGAAUUUUGUGAAAUCUGAUUAUUUGGAACGCUCUGAGAACAGAAUCCGCCUGUUUCUCGUAUUGUCUGGCGGAUCAGGUGUUUUCAAACGGUUUCUUCCUACAGAGCUGGAUCGUGGCGAGCUGCUGUGACUUCAAGUUAAAGACAAAAAACAAAACACUUUUGAUUUUAUUUAUUCUCAGACCUUUGUUCCCUGAUUUGAUUUUCUUUGACAGAAAACGGUCUUAUAGUGGAGAGAGCGGGAGGAGAGUUUAAACUUCAGCAACACGUUUUUUUUGUACCACAGGAAGCGGUGAAGCGACCUGUGUAUUUUGUGAAUGUGAAAAGAGAGAGAGUCCAGGAGGAGCUGUAUCAGUGAGACGUUAUCACAGAGUGACAUUUUCUAGUGUUUUUUUGUAUGUAUCAGAAUGAAUGAAAUGACUUUGAACUCUUUGAUAUGUUAACCUUCAGUCCCGUAAGAUUGUGCAGGCAUAAUAAAGUUUUAUUUGCUAACUUGCCCACCGA